AUGGGGAUGGUCGGAGACUGAAAGGAGCCAUCCAAAGGAGCACAGAAACUGGGCUGGCUGUCGAAAUGCCCAGCCGGACCGUCCGUCAAGCCAGCCAUGAGUCCAUUGAGGACAGCAUGAACAGCUAUGGAUCUGAGGGAAACUUGAAUUUCAGUGGAGUCCAUCUGGCAUCUGCUGGGCAGUUCAGUGACUUCCUGGGGAGCAUGGGCCCUGCACAGUUUGUUGGGCGUCAGACCUUGGCCACCACCUCGAUGGGAGAUGUGGAAAUUGGCUUGCAAGAGCGAAAUGGGCAGCUAGAAGUGGAUAUCAUUCAGGCUCGAGGACUGACACCAAAACCCGGCUCCAAAACACUGCCAGCUGCUUACAUCAAAGCUUACCUGCUAGAGAAUGGCGUGUGCAUUGCGAAAAAGAAGACAAAAGUGGCCCGCAAAUCAUUAGACCCUUUGUACAAUCAGGUGUUAUUGUUUGCUGAGAGCCCCCAGGGCAAAGUAUUACAGGUGAUAGUCUGGGGAAACUAUGGACGCAUGGAGCGCAAGCACUUCAUGGGAGUCGCCAGGGUCCUCCUGGAAGAACUGGAUUUGUCAACUUUAGCAAUCGGCUGGUACAAGCUUUUCCCAACCUCCUCGAUGGUAGAUCCCACUACAGGCCCGCUCCUGCGUCAGUCCUCACAGCUUUCCCUGGAGAGCACAGUGGGACCCUGCUGUGACAGGUCUUAG